UGUGGACGCACAGGUAGGAACGUCAGCGGCACGGCGCUGUUUCUGGGGGCGCACAUUUCAGUGACGGACUGUGUACAUCUCUCUGGAUAACGUGUGUUCAGGCAGCUGGUGACCGCCGUGUCCGCCGCACCCCUGGGUGUGGGGCAUGUACGGGCUACAGAUCCGGGUGUCCGGCAGCAGCAGGGACGUGGCGGAGGGAGGCAGAGGGACCCGGGGGGUGGGAGCUGUCAGCCAUGAGGGUCCUCUUUCUGGCCUGUAUGAGAGCAAACACUGGAAACUCCACCACCGCCGACAGGAUCAGGAGUCACCUUGAAGCAGCAGGCCAUGAGUGCGAGCUCAGAGACGCGGCUGGAGUGCACAGCUCAUCAGAGGUAGCUAAACUGAUUUCCCAAAGAAAGUUUGAUGCUGGACUGGCUAUCCACGUGUACAAAGCAGGAAGAUUUCUACUUGGUAGCAGAAUACCUUUUGGGGUCAUCUUUGGUGGGACGGACAUAAAUGAAGAUGUGAAAAAUGAAGAAAAAUACAAGGUCAUGGGAGCUGUGCUUGAGGAUGCCAGAUUUGCUGUUGCAUUUACGUGUAAGAUAAGGGAAGUUGCAGCAAAACAUUGGCCCCAAGCAUUAUCUAAGAUACACAUCCAGCCUCAAGGAAUUCUAACCAUGCCAAGUGUAUCGUUUGAUUUUGAGACCUUUCUUCACAAUGCAGGGAUGAUGCAUCUCCCAGGAAAUGCACACAUUUUCCUUUUAGUUUGUGGCCUCAGAAGAGUUAAAGACCCGCUGUACCUGGUUGAGGUCUUUGCAGAGUGGCAUGAAAGGGAAGCAAAUGUUUGCUUGGCUAUUAUUGGGCCAAUGGUAGAUUCAUUAUUUACAAGUGAGGUCAAAGCUAAGCUUCAGAACAUUGAUGGCGUUCACCUCAUUGAAGAAAUACCACAGGAAGACUUACAGGCUCUGAUAAAGAGAAGCUUUGCCGUGGUGAAUAGCUCGCUGUCUGAGGGCAUGUCGGCAGCCAUUCUUGAGGCUAUGGAUUUAGAAAUCCCUGUGCUGGCAAGGGAUAUACCAGGGAAUGCUGCAAUAAUACGCCAUGAAGAUACCGGUUUACUCUUUUCAAAGCCUGAGGAAUUUGUCAAACUGGCUAAGAGACUGAUGAGUGAACCAGACCUGAAAAGGAAAAUUACUAAUAAUGCGAAGAACUAUAUUCGUACUCGCCAUUCAUGGGAGCUUGAAAGAGAAACCUAUCAAAAUCUUGUGCAAAUCUUCCUGACUGAAGGACUUUGAAGUGAAACUAAGACGAUGGAUGUAUAUGAAUUUCAGCUGCAUAUGAAUGCCUAGAUAUUUUCAUAUUGUGAAUUUAUUUUUUACAACUUUAAAAUAAGUGAUGUUUUUAAGAUUUGUAUCUGAACUGUUUUUAAAGAAAAUGUGUUUUUUUUGUUGUUAAGAAAACAUCUAUUUGCUUGUUCUGGGUGAAUGUUUUUUGACAUUUCUGUCUAUCUGGGUUUUAAUUGGAAUUUGUGUAUUCUUG